AUGCCUGGCUUUUCCGACAGAGAUCGUGGUAGAGAUAGAGGUUAUGGCAGCGGCCCACCUCGUUUUGGAGGUGGAGGUGGUGGUCGAGGUGGCGGAAAGUUUGGUAAUCCUGGUGAAAGACUGCGCAAGAAGCACUGGAACCUUGACGAACUCCCAAAGUUCGAAAAGAACUUUUACCAAGAGCACCCCGAUGUUACUAGGAGAUCUCCGCAAGAGGUUGAGCAGUACAGAAGAGCCAAAGCUGUUACAGUGAAAGGGAGGGACUGCCCAAACCCCAUGAUGAAGUUCCAUGAAGCCAGUUUUCCAACCUACGUGAUGGAUGUCAUCAAUAAAGCAGGCUGGACAGAACCAACGCCUAUCCAAGCCCAGGGUUGGCCACUAGCUUUGAGUGGGAAGGAUAUGGUUGGCAUUGCACAAACUGGCUCUGGAAAAACUCUCUCAUACCUGUUGCCUGCAAUUGUGCACAUUAACCACCAGCCUUUUCUGGAACGUGGUGAUGGACCCAUUUGUCUAGUGCUUGCCCCAACCCGUGAGCUGGCACAGCAGGUCCAGCAGGUGGCAGCAGAGUACGGCAGAGCGUCCCGGCUCAAGUCCACCUGUGUUUAUGGGGGGGCACCGAAAGGACCCCAACUCCGUGACCUGGAAAGGGGUGUUGAGAUUUGCAUCGCCACGCCUGGCAGGCUCAUUGACUUCCUAGAGGUGGGAAAAACCAACCUGCGUAGAUGCACUUACCUGGUCCUGGAUGAGGCUGACAGAAUGCUCGAUAUGGGCUUUGAGCCACAGAUCCGGAAGAUUGUAGACCAAAUUAGACCUGACCGACAGACACUGAUGUGGAGUGCCACAUGGCCCAAAGAGGUGCGCCAGCUGGCAGAAGACUUCCUCAAGGACUAUGUCCAGAUCAAUGUGGGCGCCCUGCAGCUGAGUGCCAACCACAACAUCCUGCAGAUCGUGGAUGUUUGCAACGAUGGAGAGAAGGAAGACAAACUCCUUCGCCUGCUUGAGGAAAUCAUGAGUGAAAAGGAAAACAAGACCAUCAUCUUUGUUGAAACCAAGAGGCGCUGUGAUGAUAUCACCAGGAGGAUGAGGAGGGAUGGGUGGCCAGCAAUGGGUAUCCAUGGUGACAAGAGCCAGCAGGAGAGAGACUGGGUGCUCAAUGAGUUCAAGUUCGGGAAGGCUCCAAUUCUCAUUGCUACAGAUGUCGCUUCCAGGGGUCUAGAUGUUGAAGAUGUGAAAUUUGUCAUCAACUAUGACUACCCCAACAACUCUGAGGACUAUAUCCACCGCAUCGGCAGAACCGCCCGCAGCCAAAAGACCGGCACAGCCUACACCUUCUUCACCCCCAACAACAUGAGGCAGGCCAGUGACCUUGUCUCUGUGCUCCGCGAGGCCAACCAGGCAAUCAACCCCAAGCUCCUCCAGAUGGCGGAAGACAGAGGAGGUCGUUCAAGGGGAGGCAGAGGUGGUAGUGGGUUCAGGGACGACCGCCGGGAUAGGUACUCUGGAGGAAGGCGGGACUUCGGUAGCUUUAGGGACAGGGAUAACGAUAGAGGUUUUGACAGUGGACCAAAGAAAGUCUUUGGGACAAAUUCACAGAACGGAGGCUAUGGGGCUAGCAACUAUGACAAAAGCAGCAACGGUUUUGCCGGGGGUGGCUACGGCAGUAACGGACAGUCAAACUAUGGUGCCAGCCAGGCGGGGGCGUUCCAAACGCAGAACUUCCAGGCCCCACAGUUUGGUGCCAACCAGGGCGGUGCCCAGAAUGGCAUGAGCCAUCCACAGUUCCCCUUCCCCCAGCAACAAGCUCCCCAGCAGCAGCCUCCGCCCAUGGUGCCCUUUCCCAUGCCCCCUCAGUUCCCCCAGUAAACACGCACAUCAAAGUGAAGUCAGUAACUUAUUGCUUUUUUGUCUUGUUUAGUUCUAUAUGCUAUCCAGAAUUGUACUGUUAUGUUUUUUUUACACAACAGGGUUAAACCUAUUUGAACCUCUAAUGAGUCUGGGGGGGGGGGGGGGGGGGGGGGGUCUGCAGUGCAGCAAUAGUGAUGGCACACCUUUUUGCUUUUACUUAUUUAAUUUGUUACAUUCCUCGGUAAUGUUAAGUCUUGUUAUUUUGUACUAGUUAACUGCAAAUGUAUUGGUUUUUCCACCUGUACUGUUUAAAGUGAUGUCUCUUACUGGGAGGCACUGCAUGGCCUUUCGACUGAAUAAAAUCUAAAAAAAU